AAUAGGUAAUAAUCAGUUUGUCAAAGUUUGUCGCUCGUUAUUGUACUAUUGUAGAUUAUAGUUUACGUCGAUGUUUUGUGUUUAUUUAUAUAUUAUUUUUCUAAAUAAUUAAUCCUUAAAAUUUACUAUAACUUCAAAACAUUUAUAGAUUGCUAUUCUUUAAAUUAGCUGUAUUAAUAUUUGCAUUGGUGUUACGUGCAUUAAUUACAGAAAAAAAUUCAUUGUUAGUUUUCUGUCAAAGCGAGCGGUGUUGAUAAAACCCGAUAAUUUGGUGUUUCUGAGUAGUUAGUGUAUUUGAAUAGAUGCAGUGUGGUUAAUAAACAAACAAGUGCAAACGUUUCGGAUAUUGUGUGUUAUUGUUAAAACUCAGAACAGUGUGAACCGGCAAAUUAGCUGGUAUGAAGUGAAUCUGAUGUUGAUGGAUAUAUAAAAGAGUUGCUUUGCACGGCGCCGGCCAAGAUGAUGGUGGAGACCAUGCUCGAGUCCGCGCAGGACUUCAGCAUGUCGAACGGUUCCCUCCCGCAAUGGAAGCGCGAGCUGCUGCAGCGGCGCGCGGCGCGGAGUCGCGCGGCGCCGCCUCCCGCGCAGCCGCCGCCGCCCGCGCUCGCCGGCGACCCCGACGACGAGGAACUGCGCUACGGCCCUGGAAUUGUCAAGCGGCUCAAGUCCCGAUACCUAAGCCUAGCAUUACGUGAUGCGCCUCGUCGGAGACCAUCUGUCCUCCGCCGCGCGGCCUCCCUCGAACAUCUCCUGGAUGAGCGGCCCCCGCCCGCACCCCGACCCCCCGCCGCGCGCCUACCUCGCCCCGCUUCAGUCGCCAUGCCCCCUGCAACUGGAGGCUUCUCUAUACGCCGCGAAUCAGUAAAGCGAGCUCGAUCAGUAGACGCUCUCAGCCGCCUCGAAGCUCGCGAGGAGCCCCUACCACCAUCCCCGUCUCCCCCGCCGCACUCCACCUCGUCUCCUCCUGUUCUACCCCCGUCACUCCCCAAAUCAGCUCCUCCCGUGGUACCGCCUUCGUCCCCCACCGCAUCUUCAGUCAUUCCCCCGUCGUCCCCCACAUCAUCUCCUCCUGUAGCUCCCCCACUGCCCUCUCCUCGACCUCCAGUGGCCCGCUCCGCCCGUCCACCGAGACGUCCUACCCCACUCUUGCGAGAAACCGAGCGACCUCCGCCAGAUGUCGUUCGCUCUACACUCAGAAAGUUUGAAAGCGCCCCGACGCGGAGGCCAGCACCUGCGGCGCGCGUUUCAGCCGUUUUACGUGGAUUGGAAGGGCCUCGGACCUCGACCCCUGAACCUAGAGAGCCGAAUGACUACCGCUCGCCGAGCCCCGUGGCAGACGUUUCGGCUAUUGAUGAGACAGAAGGGGCAGUCGUAUCGGCGGAAGCGAGGCCGGUGUCGCGAGCGGCGCUGGAAGGCAUCGCCAAAGCCGGCUCGUCAAUGCGGUUUUCAUUCGAGGCGCCUCGGCGGGGAUCCCAUCUUCCACCGCUGGCGGCCGCCAACCCUGUGCUACUAGGGCGCGCUCGACGAGUUGGGGUGAUUCGCCCGAUGCCAGCUCCGAGCCGCGGUCGGGCAACUUCAACACCAACACCUCCGCCGUUAUCGGCAGAAAUUGAGGAGAAAGUAGCAGAAGUACCUCCACGGAUAGCGACUCCUCCACCAGUCGAGACAGAGAACUCAUUGCCGGCCAGGACGGAGCGCCGCGAUCCUCCGCCCUCGGCUCUCGUCGAGCCCAUCCUCCGCUCGCCGCCUGACGAUCGCGCUCCGACACCUUUAGCUGAAUCUCCACGACAUUCCUCGCGGGAGGCCACCCCUGAAGUAUCAGAAUCAAGAAUCAUAGAGUCAGAUAUAACGAAGCCGUUAAUGAACGGUCAUUCUAAUCUCAAGCCUAAAGUGUCGAGCGUGGUGUCGCGUCUCGGUGGUACGGAUAUAGAACGCUCAUGGAACGGCAGCAUAGAGCAGACGCCGGAGAAAAAGGGAGAGAAAAAAGAAGAUAAAGCUGUGGCCCCGUGGGCGAAGCUGGCGACGAGCCAGAACGGCAGCGCGGGCAGCCCGCCGGCGCGCCGCGCCCGCGCCGCGCCCGCCGCCGCCACCUCGGUGGUGUUCAACUUCUCGGACCGCAAGGAGGUGCCCGACUACAUCGAGAAUGACGGCCUCAUUCUGCGCGCCAGCCGGAGGAACAGGAUUAAGCCUGGUGAACCAGGCGUGGUGGUGCUCCGCCCCGAAGCGCUGGCUCCGCCAGAGUCCGACUCGGAAGAGGAUUGCGGACCCCCCUCGCCCUGCGGCGUGCGAUUUGUUAACGAUAACAUCCUCAUCAAUGGCAAGUCGUCCAUGCCACAGCGGCCGAACAAAGAGCGCCAAUCUAAGUUAAAGCUGCAAUUUGAUGACUCGCUGACGCGCACAUUCGAGUACCCAUCAGAAACGUCACUAUGUUCCCCGGACGAGCGUUCCCCCGCCGCCCCCGCAGCCCCCGCAGCCCCUGCGAGUGAUGUCCCCGACGCGACGUCACAUGUCUCUCAUCUCGCUGCCAACACUCAUAUAGUUUCGGCGGCGUUGUCGCGCUACACGCCGAGCAAGACACUGGCCGACGCCUUCCAGCUCGGAGUCACCAGGCGGGAGACAGCAGAGCCGGCGGGCGCGACCGCCCCCGAGCGGCGCGCCUGCGCCGGCGCCGACGCGCGCUGUUGGAGCGAGGCGCGCUCGCUCAACACUGACCUGCUGUUCUGAGAUGCCGGAUCACACAGCCUAUAUGAAUAAAUGGAAUUUUUGGAACAUUUACAAACUAAAUAUUUUGUUAUAAUAUAAAAAUUCAAUUAAUCGUAUUUAUUAGACUGACAUGUACUUUUAUAUUGUCGAUAAUUAAGAAGUAUCCAAAAAUUAAUUGCCAUUCAAAACUAUAACGGUAGGAAAAAUAUACAUUUCUACCUCAGUGAUUCAAGUACUAAGCAAAGCAGUGAGAAAGAGAGAAAAGUAUCGUGAGAUCAUGACAAAAGAUAAAAGCUGAAUGUUUACUGUAACACGGAGUUUGUAAAGAACGCACACAGGGUGAUGAUUCUGCUGACACUAAGUCGUUGUAGUCUCUCAAUGGUUCUUACGCGUGAGUAUUAUAGUAUAGUAGAAUCAUUACUCUGUCCUUUUGUUUUUUACCGUCAAAAUAAAGUCCUAUUAUAUUAUGGCUAAAAGAAACUUCGUAUUGUAACGUCGAAACAUUAAAACGGGGUAUAACUGCUCAAUUGUAUUGUUAAAUGUUUAUUAUGUAGGAGACAAGUCAUGGGUUUUUUGUAUUUAUAUGACUUCGGCGACUGAAUGCCUAUUAAUUUUGAGAUUUUUCGAUGCUAUAAGGUUCAUAGGUAUUUAAAAAAAUUUAAAUUAUGUUAUCACGAUUGGCCGUGAGAAUUAUUUUUAUUGUUCCAUAAACAAAAAUGACAGGGAAAAGACGUUGGUUUUGGUGAUAAAUACGUAUAAGGUACAGUUUCACUGUUUAAGAUUUUUCCUAGAGCUAAAAACAUUUUAAAAUAUGUGAAAUAAUUGGUGCAAUCCAUGUGCCGAAUGCAGCAUUCCAAAACGCAUUUCUUUUUUUAAUAUAGAAAGAAAACUUAGAAUCGCACCGAGUGCAAACAUUUAUUAUUAUUUUAGGGAAAUGCAAUCUCCCAACUGCAAUGAAUUCUCUUCAUAGCCGUAUUCCUCAUGGUUGAGGGUCGUGAUCGUUGAAUGAAAUGUGGAAUGAAACACAACGAUGCUAUUAAUGGAGUGGUUUGCAUUGCCUUGUCCAUUUCACACACAAUGAUAAUCAGAAUGCAGGGUUCCUCACGAUGUUUCCUUAAAACGCAACGCAAUAAAUAAAUAAAUAAAUGAGCCAAUAAAUAAUUUAAAAAGUGAUGAAAUAUACUCAUUCCAAGACUAUUCCUAACUUUUUCAAGUGUUCAUGACAUUUUUGACGUCGAGCAUUUACAAGUUAUAUGUCAUUAUUUUUAACCGCAAAAUGGCGGUGUUUAGUGUUUAAUGGAUAUAGCGUAUGAAAUAUUGCUAGCAUUUGUCUAUUUUAUAUCGUAGUUUAUAUUGAGCUAACUAAAUUAACUGAAAAUGUUCUAUUCUGCUUAUUGACUUAAAGAUACAUGAAUGAAGGAAUGGUUUGGACAAUAUUUUCAGUUAAUUUUGUUACAUUGAAAUUAAAUAAGUGAGCGCUCAGCUACAGGCUUUAGUUGUAUCAUAUGCGUAUAUGUGCCUUGUCAGGUAUACAAUAGACCCCUUGACAUUUGUGCUUUUUAAAAGACUAAAUAGCUUUUAACUUUGUGAAAUUUAAGUUCAAUAUCUUUUUAAUAUCUUAUACACGCUUGCACAUGAGAGCUCAGCAUUUUUCAUUGUAACGAUUUAAAAAGCGCACUUAAAGUGAUCAAUCACGUUGUUAUGUCGAAAACAAUUCAAUAAAAGAUGAGAAGUUCGAGAGCAUUUCAUUGUGGAUUGACUUUAGAUAUGAUGUAAAAUAAGGGGACUAUUUAGCGUAAAUUAGGAGCUAAUUCGGUCCGGCACGCUGUAACAGUGUCAUAUUAUGUAAUCAUAACGCUGCACGCACACGCAGGACGUUAUUACUAUGAAAAAUACAUAUCACAAAUCGUGACACAAAUCGAAAAUUUUAAAACAAAUUAUACGUAAAGGAUAUAUUAUUAAAAUUUUGUCAUUAUCAUCUCGGCGACAAGAAGUCGACAACUGGCUGAACAUUAACAUAUAUAACGUUCGAUCAAUGCGCGUGCGUGCAGCCGCGGCCGCCCGGCCACACUUGCCAAUGCCUAGUUUUAUAUCGUAUUUUAUGCUAUUUUGACAUUACUGUAGUUUAGUGUUAGACAGUAAGUCCGUAACUGAAUCAUUAUACACGUAUCCGUAAUACUGUGUAAGUAUGUAGUAGAUUUCAUAAUUUUUAGGAAAUUCUCCGCGAGUUGGUCGGCACACCUAUCAAAUAUUGAAAUAAGAUUACAACUUGCUCUAACUAUAUGGUUUUGAUUUGUAACCGAAGGCGCGAAUGAAAGUGCUCGAUUUGGACAACUUUACAUUAAAUAUAGUUUAUAUCAAAUGUAUGUAUUUUGUUUGUUAUUGUUAAUUUAUUUGGCCAUAAAAUGCUGUGGACUAUGCGGUGUCAGUAAAAGUAAAAUAUUUCCGAUAAGAAUCGGUGCCAGACCGCCUCGUAGGAUUCAAAUGACAUGUAUUAUGUAACGCGGAGGCCGCCUCGGCACGCGACCCAGCGAUAGCUACUAAAGCGUGCUAUUGACAUUAUCUAUAUGUACUACUGAAAUAUACACAAAUAUUAAA